CUCCCUUCUUUCUCCCUCCCCCUUCUUCUCCCGUGGGACUGCGCGCUUUAUUCUGCUUUCCAGCUCCUGCAUUUGCAAAAUCCAGAUCCACCGGCUACGGCAGCAGCACCCGAAGUCGACGCUUGCUCGGCUCUUUUGCAAGCCGGCUGGAUUUCGGCCUGAUUCGCGCGCCCUUUCGUCUGCAUCUUACCUUCAUAAAAGGACAAGUAAAACUUCGCAACAUAUCGAUUCUCAAGGCAGCUCAAUCUUUCUUUUGGUCAGCGCCUAGACCCUAACUCCAGAAUUCCGCGAAGGACGUGUGAGCCCGACGGGUCUCGGAUAUUGUCCGUGGAACAUAGGCGUCGUCUCCCGCCGGGCAUAUCUUGUGCAUGCAAGCACGGCUCGUAUCCUACACAACGAUUAUUGGCGUAGAGUUGCUUCUCCCGCGCGUGCUUAGCAAGGAUGAGCGACGAAACAGGAAGCGGGAAGCCUGCGGUGUUGAUAAUAGGCGGUCUAGGCUAUGUCGGCCGUUUCCUCGCUUUGCACAUUCACAAGAACAAUCUUGCGUCUGAAGUACGGAUAGUGGAUAAGUUGUUGCCGCAACUAGCCUGGCUCGCGCCCGAAUUUCAAGAGGCUUGCUCACAGGACAAGUUCAUUCAGGCAGAUGCCUCCAAGGAGGCCAACCUGUCACGCAUAUUCACAAGGUCGAAUGGGAAAGAGUUUGACUAUGUAUUCAACUGUGGAGGGGAGACGAGGUACUCGCAAGAGGAUGAGGUGUACAAGAUGCGCUCGCAUAUGCUGUCAAUGACCGUGGCAACGGAGGCUGCAAAGCGUAAAAUAAAGUGCUUCGUCGAACUCUCGACAGGUAUGGUGUAUAAGCCAAAGGAGAAGCCGAGGCGAGAGACAGACGACCUAAAGCCAUGGCUCAAACUCGCCAAGUGGAAGCUUGACACGGAAGAGGCCUUGAAAAAAAUUCAGGGCCUCAACCUAGUGAUCCUUCGUUUGGCCCACGUCUACGGGCCGUACACAAGCACAUAUCUAGCCACAGCGCUCUGCCUUGCUCGGGUGUAUAAAUAUGAAGAAGAGACCAUGAAGUGGCUCUGGGACAGAGAUCUUCGGACCAACACAGUGCACGUCGAGGACGUCGCGCGUGCCUGCUUCUCAGCUGCAGAGUACUUUGAAAAAACGGCGCCCAAGUCGGCACUUAUCUACAACAUCGUUGACCAGGGCAACACCUCACAGGGCAUGGUUGCCGACAUUCUCAGCCAGAUCUUCGGCAUACCGAUGAAAUUCGAGGGCGGAAUUGUGAGCAAGAUGGCGAUGUUGAAACUGGAUUCAGUGGUGGAUGAGCUGAACGAUGACACGUUGGAUCCGUGGGCAGAACUGCAACAAGAGGCUGGCAUUGUAGAGCCGACGCCUCUAAAUCCUUUUAUGGAGAAGGAACUGCUAAAGGACAAUGACUUGAGCCUGGACGGCUCGAGCUUUAUUGAGGACACUGGAUUCAAAUACAACCACCCAAAGCUCACGAAAGAGGAAGUCGAGGAUGUGAUCGAGUCCUACAAGGCAAUGAAGUGGUGGCCAUGAGCCGAUUCUGGACCUUCCGCUGAGAGGCCGCGACCAAAGAACCACUGAUAUAAAACAUCACCAUUCUUUUUUUUUGCCAUGGCGGUAACACAAUCGUCCGAUAUCCGGGCCCGAGACUAGCACUGUCCUCCUGUACUGGGAGGGAAGGGCUGGCGUGUAUGAUACGAGAUCAUGUGUGCGGACAUAGGCAUUGAGAGCGAGCGAUUGACGGAACAAGAGCAUAACGUAGUGCAUUUAAUAUAUAGACGAUAUCAAUUCAAUAUCAAAAUAGACCGUGUAUUCGA